UUCUGGCACACCGCGCGCCGUAACAUUGAUCCCCCUGCCUGCGCAACCGCUCCGAAGCACACGACCCGGCGCGCCUGAGAUGGGGACGGCGCUGGAGCAAGAAGGACGAUGAGGAGGAGGAGGAGGAGGAGAAGGAGGAAGCGGGGAAGGGCGGGGAGUCCCCACCCUGGGCGUCCCGAGGCGCCGCGUGUCUGCACACGCGCCGAGCUCAUCCCGCCGCAGAGGGCCCCCGCCACGCUCCUCAGUCGGUGCGCUGCCGCUUGGCCUCGCUCUCGCCUGUCGGUGGCCGCGGCUGGCAGUGGCGGCUCCUCCCUCGGCCUCGGCGACCUCGCCGCUGGCCUCCCGGUCGCCCUCGCCCACGGCGGUGAGGCAGGAGGUGGGCAGCCAGGCGGUGAAGCCGAUGGGCUUGGGGAACCGGACCUCGCUCAGGAGAAGACCACGUCAGUCAAGAAGCGCCCUGCAGGGAAAAGCGCGAUCAGGAAGAGGCCUGCCGCAGAGGUCCCGUCGGAGUCGUCCCUCACGACGGUGCCCUCCUUGCCGCACGCCUGGCGCCGUCGAGCCCGGGCCAUCCACUUGAGGGACCGGGAGGCCUCCACGGCCGACUUGAGCUCCU